AUGCCACCGCCAAUUUGGAGACUUGACGAGUUUUACUCUCAUCAAAACAACAAACCCAGCUCUGAAUUUCUCAACCUUACUACCACAACUCUUCGGAAUUUCAUCCAGUUUUGGGAUCAGACGAUAAUUCCUCGGAAUUUUACGACGACGAAGAAGACGGUGAUGGCGAUGAUGGAUCUGGGUAGGGGUGGUGGUUGGGCUAUGGUUUAA